UGAGCGGAGCUCGUUUCCGGCAGGAUGACCCGUCCACUGUGUUUGUGGCUGCUGAUCUGAAUUAAGCGAGUCAUACAGGUACAGCUCUCCCUCAGCGGCGUUUUUGUAACCACGAUGAAAUGAAGCGAGCGGAAGGAGGCAUCGCGCCUGAGCAUGUGUGCACGCGGAGCUAGCUGGAGCUAGCCGGAGCUAACGGGGUGUCAUUAUAAACAAUGACAGGUCCGAGGAGAAAGACGCUACAGAAGAGCUGCAGUGAGCAUGCUCACUGAGCCAGCAGGCUGAGAGCCGAGGGGCCGCCAUGAAAGAGGAGUGUGGAGGAGCAGGUCUGUUCGAGGACCCGGACUUCCCGUGUGACGACGCCUCGCUGUUUUCUGACUGCUCCACGCCGCUCAGCAGGCUGCAGGCCAGCAUCACCUGGAGGCGUCCUCAGGACAUCUGUCAGUCAGCAGCUCUCUUUCCUGAAAACAUCAACCUGGCUCACGCCAAGCAAGGCCUUCUGGGAGACUGCUGGUUUCUGUGUGCAUGCAGCUUCCUGCUGAAGAACAAGCAUCUUUUGGACAAGGUGUUGAGUCCGGAUCAGCCUCAGUGGGGUGACAGCAGAUAUAAGGGCUCCUUUCGCUUCAGCUUCUGGCAGCAUGGACGCUGGUUAGAGGUGACCAUCGACGACCGCCUGCCCUGCAUCAACGCCGCUCUCUGCUUCUCGCGCUGUCACUCCCCCGAUGCAUUCUGGGUGCCGCUGCUGGAGAAGGCCUAUGCCAAGCUUCAGGGCUCGUACGAGCGGCUGUGGGCGGGGCAGGUGUCGGAGGCCCUGGUGGAUCUGACUGGAGGCCUGGCGGAGCGAUGGAGCCUGGCACGGCCCGGUUCAGACCAGGAGCAGCAGACGGAGCAGGACAGUGAUGAAGUGUGGAGGAGGAGACUGGACCUGAACAGUCUGAACCCGGUGAAGGACGCCUGCGCGCUGAGCUGCUCCACUCACAGCUCGGCUGCAGGAGUCAGUGAGCUGGGCCAGUACCACGCCCUGACCGUCACGGAGUGGGUGGAUGUGAAGACGGUGACGGACGGUGAAGUUCGGCUGCUGCGGAUCAGAAACCCCUGGGGCCGGUGCAGCUGGGCCGGAGCGUGGACGUGGAGCGGUGCCGGCUGGCGCUCCCUGGACCCCGGGUGUGCUGCAGACCUCCAGUCCAGGCUGUCUGACGGGGAGUUCUGGUUGGACGAGGCUGAAUUCACGUCCCAUUUUGAUGACGUGACGUUGGGAUACCCCAUCAGUGAAGAGGGACACUUAAAAAGCAUCUAUACAGGAGCCCUGCUGCCACACAGCCACCAGCAGGCCGGCCGCUGGGUUCAGGGCCUCUCUGCUGGCGGCAGCAGGAACAGCAGCAGCUACAGCACAAACCCCAAGUUCUGGCUGAGAGUCCGCGAGCGAGGAGAAGUACUGAUCGCCCUGCUGCAGCAUCGGAAGUGGAGGAACUCCCAGAAGUCCCCCCAGACGUCCCUCCAGGACAUGAAGCACCAGCACUACCAGGCCGUCGCGCUGCACAUGUGGAAGGCGGAGAAGAAGCAUUUCAAUCUGAGCCGGAUGGUGAACAAGCCUCCUCGUGCUUCGACUCGCCGCCACGCCUACGAGAGAGAGGUGGUCCUCCGCGUGGAGCUGGAGCCCGGGUUCUACCUCCUGAUCCCCAGCACCUACCAGCCUGGAGCCGAGACCCGCUUCCUCAUCAGGGUCUUCUCCUCCUGCCCCACGUCGCUCAGCGCGCUGAACAGCCCGGCGCCCUCACUGCCCCCCCCAGCCGACGCUGAGUGGGAGACCAGGUACUUCCGCGGCUGUUGGCUGGAGGGAUCGACGGCCGGAGGAAGCAGGAACUUCCAGUCUCACUGGCAGAACCCAAACUUCCCUUUUUCAGUGUGCGACGAGCCGGAGCCGGGGGCAAAUGUCAGGAUUACCCUGCAGCAGAGCCGCCCGGACAGCGAGCUGCUGCCCAUCGGCUUCCACGUCUAUAAGCAGACGGACCGGGACCGGGACCGGGACCGGGAGCCCGUGGCCAGCUGUGUCCCUCACUGCUACACGCAGGCCGUCAGUCUGACCUGCGCCCUUCCUCCAGCCGAUUACACCGUCGUGCCCUCCACCUAUCAGCCCCACUGCUCAGCCAGCUUCACCCUCAGCCUGGCUCGCAGGACUCACAGGAAAGUGGUGAAGAGCCAGGAGAAGCUUGGAAAAGCCAUUCAGGAGGUUUCUCACAUCUCCGUCAUGCAGAGCUCGCUCUCUGGGACCGCGGCUGCUCCGCUGAUGUCCGCUCACCUCCCUGUGCCUCUUGGCCCACGAUGAAAGAACCAGUUCCGCCAUCCACUCUGGCCGCAGAGGCCGUGUGUGCGUGUGCGUGUGUGCGUGUGUGUGUGUGUGUGUGUGUGUAGCAAUAGAGGUGGAGAAGGCAGGCAGACUUAGUGGGAAUCUGAGAAACCCCCCUUUAUCCUGAAGCGCUCAGGCUCCGGGUUGAUGGGCGGAUACACGCUCAUCAGCGAUUAGGACAUCAGAGGUUGUCGGUGGGCUGGGCUGCUAAUGAAGUAUGACGGGACCGGCUGGUGUAAACAAACAGCCGCCACUGAAGAAGGCCGCCACCGCUCCGGCUCAUUCACUCACUGCUGCGCCCGCCGGCCCAGAACAAAGAGCCCUCUCAUCAAGGUCCACACAGAGGCACAGGGGGCAAGGGGCGAGGGGAUGGUCUGCCACAGCAGAGCCAACCACACCACACCACACCAUACCGUGCCAUGCCGUCCCAGAGCCCCCCUCUCCCGGCCCUCGCCCCCCCUACACACACACACACACACACACACACUCUGCUCAACACCCCGCAUGCUCCCUCUGCUUCUUAGAGCUUCUCCUUCUCACACCCUCUCACCAUCCCCACCAGCACCAGGGAGCCAGGCUGGCCCGGGCAGGGGUCCGGUUCCUCUCCGGCUCCCUUUGUGUCGCCCCAGACACGGUCCACGGCUCCGCUCGGACCGCUCUCUGAAGUGGCCGCAGGAACAGAUGACAGGCGGACGGACGGGAAGGGAUGAAAGGAGCGCGGCGGCACAUCAGAGGCAGCCGGCCCGUAUGAAGCGGCCGCCGCUCUCUCUUGUUGUGGUGUGUCUGCGUGCCGGCAGACUGGUGUGUGUGAGCUGAAGUCACUUGAAUCCCAGCGGUACGGUGUUGUAUGUUUCUGGUCUACGUCUUCAGUAUGUCGAAUAAAAUGU